AUGUACUGUAAUUAAAAUGUCUUUUGCUCGAAUAUGAAGCAAUGCUCGCAUUCAUUUUUCUUGAGAAUAAAGGAACACCAAAAAACCAAAAAAAAGAGAUUCCAAUUUCCAAGCUCAACGUAUGGAUGGCACCCCAAAAUCUAGCUAAGGUAAAUCUCCUACUCCGCCUGUUCAUAUAUAAUCUCUGUUCCUUAAUUUUCGACGGUCCUGAUUGAGAUUUCUUUGUAUCAACGAUCCCUGAUUCCAUCCAACGGCCGAAAUUCAAGAGUCCAGAUACUCCUCGUUAUUGUCUCCCACUGUGGACGAAUUUUGAAUUCUUUAUACUUUUCUGCAAUCUGUUUGAUUCAGGACAUUUUUAUUUAAGGGAACUGAGUUUGAUGUUAUGUAUCAGAUUUUGACUUCAUCCAUCUUUUAUGGAAAUACCCAAUGAUCCAAGUCUAAUUACGAUCGUUUUCCCCAAAACCCAUUACCAAAAGAAGAGAAAAUCCAAAUUUCUGUUCAAAGAACUUCGAUCUCCAACUUCAAUGGCCGAGCGCCGUGAUCAAGUGGACAUUGAGGACCCUCCCGCCCGUAUUCCACUUCUCGAGUCAAUUCAGAGUCAGAACUCAGAACCGACAGGGCGAGAAGACGACGAAGAAGCCCAUUUGGACAGUGCCCUCCAACUGCUCGACGUAUUGCUUGCUUUUCUGGGCUUCCACCAAUCCUCUGUGCUGAGCUGUGCCCUGUCUUGGACUGGUUUUGUUCUUGUCGGUAUUGUGCUGCCGGUUGUGGUGCUCCAGCUCACCGAUUGCGCCACCUGCGAGAAGUACCAGAUUAAGGAUUUUGAGCUCGACAUAGUUGCCUCGCAAGCUUGUCUUGCAGCUGUGUCUCUGCUCUGUCUCUCUCACAACCUCAGAAAAUAUGGUAUAAAGAGGUUCCUCACUGUUGAUAGGCAGACGAGUUCUUUGGCUCGGUUCCGCAAAGACUAUGUCGAGAAGAUACUGGGUUCGAUACGCUUACUUGUCUUCUGGGCGCUAGCAUGUUUCAUUCUGAAGGCUGUACGAGAGGUGAUUCGAAUAUUAUAUGCGGAACGUGUGUCGUGGGGGAUAUCAAUUGCUAUCUUACUGGCUAUGACCAUAUCCUGGACUUAUGUGAGCUUGAUCUCUAUUUCAACCGCCAUUGUGUUCCAUUUGAUGUGCAAUUUGCAACUCAUCCACUUCGAUGACUAUGCAAAGCUACUGCAAACAGAGUCUGAAGUUUUGUUAUUAAUAGAGGAACAUAUCUUCCUACGCUAUCAUUUGUCCAAGAUAAGCCACAGAUUCCGAAUCUUUCUUCUUCUACAGUUCUUGGUUGUUACUGCAAGCCAGUUUAUGACCCUGUUCCAGACAACGGGGUAUAGUGCUAUGAUCACCCUCAUUAACGGUGGAGAUUUUGCAGUCUCGGCAAUUGUUCAAGUGGUUGGAGUUAUUCUUUGCUUGCACGGAGCUACAAAAAUUUCCCACAGAGCCCAGGGAACCGCAUCAGUAGCUAGUAGAUGGCAUGCUUUAGUCACUUGUGGCCCGGGCGAUGUAUCUCAACCUCGACAUCAAAAUGGUAACGGGAACUCAGAUGCUCCCAGUAGUAGACUGAACUCAAUGACUAGCAAUUACUCUGAAAGUGAUUUGGAGUCUUUGGAUAUUCUUACAAUGCCUACAACUACGCAGCUGGCUUCUUAUAUGACCUCCUAUCAUAAAAGACAAGCAUUUGUUAUGUAUUUGCAGAUGAAUCCUGGAGGAAUUACCAUUUUUGGGUGGACAGUUGAUAGAGCUCUGAUGAACACCAUCUUCUUUAUUGAACUCACACUGGUCACCUUUGUGCUAGGGAAAACGAUAGUUUUCUCCUGAUUUCACAAAUUUCAGUGGCUGCCCAUAACGGUUCUCUUGGUAAUAAGUUCAAAUCCCAGUGUCAUACAUACAUGUAUAUAUAGAAAUCAUUCAUUCUUACAGACUGCAGUUCCUUAAAAAAUGUAAAUUGUUCUGAGAAAUUUUGUAUUUCAUCAUGUUUCUUUAUUCAUUUGUGAGUGGUCAAUCCAAAUUGUUGGAGUUAUUUUGCUGUAUACAGCUCUUAAAAACCAAUAUUCAAAUACAUUUCUCAUUUCCUUGUCACACUCUCUUCCUGAAAAAUGACUUCCUGUAUUGCUUUCUUUAAUGUCAUUUGAACAAUCCCAGAAAGCAGAAAUAAUAGUCACUCUUAACUAAUAAUAAAAUCUGGAGUCGAUUCAGCAAACCAACUUAAACUGAAAUGUGGCUUCGAACACUCGACGACUUGCUAGAAGUGAAGUGAUGCAGCUAGAAGGGGCGCCAAAAUCUGUCUUUUUAUACACAACACAAUGCUCCAAACAUUAAGAACUGCCGUUUCAAACACAAAUAUUAUCAUCGAUUCGUUAAUAUCACUUACUCCAAAACAGACGUGUGAAAGGACUAAGGACUGCUAGAGCAAAUAAUAGACACUUCAUAUUAUUCUCAGAGUACAGCUACAACAAUGAAUCGAACUGUUAUUUGCCAUUUAUCCUCGAAGAUUAUAGCCUGAACUCCAUGGAUUGUGGAUCAGUACAAACGAUCACAAGUCACAAUUUCGCAAGUCAACUAAAACUAAACAGAUGUUCCUGCAAUACCCUUCCCCAGAUCAAAUCGCAACCGAAUAGCUGGCUAACAAAGAAAGCUAUCCAUCAUUCCUGGAAUGACAGUGACUGAUCAGUUGGGAGCACAAAUAACAGGGUUUUGACCAAUGAAAUGGUGAUAGAAGGGUGAGUCACCUGUGAGACGACUAUAGAACAUGCUUUCCUGUCAA